AUGAGAAGAAUCACUACUAGUGUUUCAACAUUGACCAAAAAUGUUACUAGCUGGUUACAAGUUGAAAUGGAAGACCAAUCCUUAGAUACUAGUUUUGAGUUUGGAUUUGAUGGUAUUAAUCAUGGUCUUGUGAUGUCUAUUGAUAAUCAUUGUCAUUCACUUUUUGAUUUGGAUGAUGAUGUUGAUGGUGAUCUUGAACAAAAAAAUCGAUGCUUUUGGGCCACCCAGCAUCAAGGAUUGGAGACAAAUGUAUACAAAACAAGUUCUUUGGAGACAAAGAUAAGGAAUGCCACCAAAGAAGCAAUUAAUGAAAUAGAAAGCUCAGCUGAAAGUGGAACAUUGUGUGUCUGCAGCAGAAAGAUGGGUGGCACCAGUUGCAGAAUCUGCUUAUUGAGAGAAGUUUCUAAGAGGCUUCAAAAAGCUGGUUUCAAUAGUGCUAUUUGCAAAACUAAAUGGAAAAGUUCAUCGGAUAUUCCACCUGGAGAACACACAUUUUUGGAUGUGAGAGACAAUACAAAUCCAAAGAAAGGUGAAGUAAGGGUGAUGAUAGAGGUGAAUUUCAAAGCUGAGUUUGAGAUGGCAAAGGGAAGUGAUGAAUACAAGAAACUAAUAAAGAAGCUGCCAGAAGUGUUUGUUGGAAAAGAAGAAAGAUUGAGCAACUUAAUCAAAAUUUUAUGCAUGGCAGCCAAAAAAUGCAUGAAGGAUAAAAAAAUGCAUAUGGGGCCAUGGAGGAAGCAAAAGUACAUGGAAGCUAAAUGGUUAGGUCCAUGUGAAAGGAACACUUCAAUAACUUCUCUUCCAAUAGGAUAUGCUGAAAGGAUCAUAACAAAGCCAAAAUCAAGGGCAUCCAUGUUGACUAUUGAUUUAUUGGAGAAACUUCCAACAUUGCAUUGCACAACUGUUAAGGUUCUCUAAUUAGUAAAAGGAAGAUCAAUUUAAUUACUUUUGUUUAUGUGGAAUGGAUGG